AUGACGUGCUCGCCAUGUUCUGGGGUGGCUGAUUGUCGGGGUGUAGUACAAACCGAGAGUGCCCUAGCCCUUCAACGAGAUAGCUACGGCCCGACUCCCUUGGAAAGUUCCUCCGACGAUAGCAGGACUGCUGGUCAGAGUCCCGUGGCGACUCGACCGACAUCCCCGCCGGUCUUUGCUUUACCCGAUGAUGUGCGCUGGGACGAUGAACUCGAGUCAAUGCUGUCGCUCAACGGGUUCAAUCCGGCAGACGAGGCAUCCUGGUACAAUAUUGCGCCUGGUAUCUCAGGGGUCGAUGUCUCCUGGAGCCCCGAGGACAUCAAGCUCGACGACGUGAACUUCCUCCCGCCCAUGACAGAUAUAGCCCCGAUGACUCCCUUAUGGAUAGACGACCUUGUCCCUGAGCAGGUGCAAGUGGAAUUGCUUCCUCUGUACUUCGACAAUGCGCACACGGGAUGCUUCCUUAUCGACCAAGAUACCUUCCAUAUGCGCAUGCGCACGUCGGAAACGCAGCCGGAGGUCGCCAGCCUUCGAUAUAUCGUAUUGGCUCACGGGGCGUGUUUCUCUCGUUCGUACGGCGAUUUGAAGGAUAAACUCUACCGAAAGGCGUGCGACUUGGUCGAACAGGUCGACAUUGCCGAGCAGUUUGUUAGUAUCGCCGCUCUACAGACCUGGGUUCUUCUAGCUCUCUACGAGUUCAAACAGGCCAACUUUGUGCGGGCCUGCAAUCGGGUUCGUCAGGCGAUCCUCAUGUCCGAGAUGCUCGGACUCCACAAGUUAGAUCAACCCGGGUUGCCAGGGUUGAAGCAAAAUCCGUUCACGGACGGACGAUAUUUGGAGGAGCAACGACGUGCCUUCUGGUCAGUCUUUAACCUCAGCUGUUUUGCCAGCAUUGCGACCGGGUGGAACACUGGAAUGCCGGAUGAUCCGAACGAGAUCACCACCUUCUUGCCCGCCGACGGUUCCCUGAGUAUGUAUACCGUGGCGUCCGGCAUCACGUUGCGAGAUGCCUUCCAUCUCGCCGGGUCCCAGGACCUCGGUGUUGCCCACGGCCAUAUCGUCACCUCGACGCUCUACCGACAAGGCUUCAUGCACGUCAAUCGCGCCUCUCUCAGCCAGCAAGCCAUUCCGGACGUCUGGAACUACGACUUUUGGAUGCACCACUAUCAUCUCUACGAACGGCUCAGUCUUCUGGCCGCCACCGAGGCGAAACAUAUCACUACCACCAUGAGUGCCGACACGCUCUGUAAGAACAUGGUCUUGCAGGCCACCCUGAUUGCCCUCUACUACGCCGCCGGGAUGCGCGCCCCAAAGACCGACAGCGCCAUCCGACCUCCGAUCCCCAACAACGCCGACGACAAAUGCCUCACGGCCGCGAUGAAAGUCAAGGAGAUUGCCGAGCUGAUCACGCAUAUGGAUGUGGCAAGGAUGAGCCCCUUCAUUCCCUGGUCGAUCUUCGUGGCUGCACAAAUUUUUGUCCGUCACCUCCACGGGAGCUCAUCCCCCGGCGAGAGCCAGAAGAGCACACGUCUGGGGUACCUGGAUGCGCUUCGGUCGCUUCUUUCGGCCCUAUCGGUCUUGGAAUCGACGAACCCCAUUGCGGGAGUCCUGGCCAGCCAGAUUCGCAUGGAAUUGAACGGCGGCAAAGCCGUGAGUGAUACCCGCUCCAUUGGUCGGCUGGACUGCGGACUGGAGUUGUAA